CUGGAGCUCAGACUGUUGAAUGAGACGGCCUUGUGUGACUUCAAGCUGUUCAUUCUCUCUCCACCAGAGCACAUGUCCAAUGAAAGUGUGUGUGCAUGUGUGAGAGCGCUGACAGCCAUCCAAGUUGGCCAGCAAAUAAUUGAGCAGCUAGAGCAGCGAACACACACCAAAAAGACAUUCCAUAUAAUUCAUACCUUUGCCGGCUGGGAUUCCUGCUCUCGUUUUCUUCACUGCCAUGAGUUUAGUGAGACUCUGGAGAGCUGGAGUUCUCCACUGUCUGCUUUGGCUCCUCCUGAGCGUCUUGCAUGCAGAUUCCCACCCGCAGUGCCUGGACUACAAGCCUCCUUUCCAACCUCAGGAGCCGCUACUCUUCUGCAAAGAGUAUGCCAAGUUUGGCUGCUGCGAUUUGGAGCAAGACAAACAGAUUUCAUACAGAUUCGACCAAAUUAUGGACUACUUUGAUCACUCUGGGUUCAUGGUCUGCGGGAAGUACAUCCGCAGCAUCCUGUGCCAGGAAUGUUCUCCUUAUGCAGCCCACCUUUAUGAUGCUGAGGAUGCGAAUACUCCCAUGCGUGAGCUCCCUGGCCUUUGCCGUGACUACUGCUCUGAUUUCUGGCAUCACUGCCGUUACACACUUAGCCUGCUGACAGACAACAACAUAACUGCCACCAUUGAGGAGGACCAUGAUAAAUUCUGCGACUUUUUAGAGUUGAAGGAUCCAGAGUAUUGCUACCCAAAUGUUCUCGCCAGCGAUGAGUUAAACGCUAACCUUGGCAGUGUUAAAUCUGAUCCCAAGGGCUGCAUUCAGCUUUGCCUACAGGAAGUAGCAAAUGGUCUGCGUAAUCCAGUGGCAAUGGUGCAUGCAAAUGACGGCACACACCGCUUCUUCAUAGCAGAGCAGCUGGGAUAUGUAUGGGUUUACCUGCCAAAUGGCUCAAGGAUUGACAGGCCCUUCUUAAACCUCACCAAGGCUGUGUUGACCUCACCAUGGGCUGGGGAUGAACGUGGAUUUCUCUGUAUCGCUCUGCACCCCAGGUUCAGCGUGGUCAAGAAGGCAUAUGUCUAUUACUCUGUCUCUGUGAACAAGCAGGAGAGGAUAAGGAUCAGUGAGUUCCUUCUGUCAAGCAUGGAUAUGAAUAUGCUGGAUCACUCAUCUGAAAGGACCCUUUUGGAAGUUGUUGAACCGGCAUCAAACCACAAUGGAGGCCAGCUUCUGUUUGGUCUGGACGGCUUCCUUUAUAUCUUCAUAGGCGAUGGAGGCAAAGCAGGGGAUCCCUUCGGCAAGUUUGGGAAUUCCCAAAACAAAUCCACUCUACUAGGCAAAGCUCUACGAAUCGAUGUGGACAAUAAUGAUGAUGGUGCCCCCUAUAGCAUCCCCUCUGAUAACCCUUUCAUUGGGGAGAAAGACUCAAAGCCAGAGAUCUACGCCUACGGAGUCAGGAACAUGUGGCGCUGCUCCAUAGACAGAGGAGACCCGAUUACGGGUCAGGGACAGGGUCGCAUGUUCUGUGGAGAUGUUGGCCAGAACAAGUAUGAGGAAGUGGAUAUGAUUGAAAUAGGGGGAAACUAUGGAUGGAGGGCAAAGGAGGGGUUUUCCUGUUAUGACAAGAAACUCUGUUUAAACUCCUCAUUGGAUGACAUCCUGCCAAUUUUUGCUUAUCCACAUAAACUUGGGAAGUCAGUGACUGGUGGCUACAUCUACAGGGGCUGUGAGAUGCCAAAUCUUAAUGGUCUUUACAUUUUUGGGGAUUUCAUGAGCGGACGACUCAUGUCUCUUAAAGAGAACACAGACACUGGGAACUGGGACUACACAGAAAUAUGCAUGGGCAGAGACAAGACAUGCCGCUUUCCAAAACUGAUCAACAGCUACUACAAGUACAUCAUUUCCUUUGGUGAAGAUGAGGCAGGUGAGCUAUACUUCCUAGCCACAGGAACGCCAAGCGCAGCUUCCAGAGGGGGAGUGGUGUACAAGAUAGUGGAUCCAUCCAGGAGAGCACCUCCAGGCAAGUGCAGCAUCAAACCCAGUCCUGUCCAGAUAAAGGGAAAACUGAUUCAAUUUCAUCCUAAAGAAGAAUUUGUGAUCAACAAAAAACCUACAACCACUGCUCCCCCUAAGACCAAAGCAACUACUAUACCCAGCACAACCAGGUUUCAGGCCACAACAAGAAAACCUACCACUGCAUCUCCAAGGAUCCUUACCCAAAAGCCUAAAGUCAGUAGACCAACUCAAAAACCAAGGACACCUACUAAAAAACCACAGACCCCUGCUCCAAAACCAACUUUAAAACCAUUAAUGACUACUGUUCUCAGGAGAAAUCAGUCACCAACUGGGGCUCUGCAGCCACUCAAUAGCCAGAGCACUACAGUGAGACCACAGUACAUCACCACUUUGAAAGUGAGAUCAGAAACCACACCUCGUAGGACUCCUCCACCAACCACAUUACGUCCAUCCACCAAGCAACCACACACAUAUUGGACUGCCUCUAUAACUGCCACCACCACUAGGCCUGUAUAUUGGACUUCAGCCUCCAUGAAGACAUCUCAACCAACAGACAGGCCACGCAAAAGAGGCAGGGGUAGAGGUAGAAAGAAUGGGCAGAGAAGAGGUAAAGGGGGUCGCAGAAGGCAUCGCAGUGAGCUGGUGAGGCUUGUUAGUCCUGAUCCGAACCGGUCAGAUCGUGGACGAGUGGAGAUCUUCGUGAGGGGUGAGUGGGGUACGGUAUGCGAUGACCUGUUUGACUAUAAGGCAGCAACAGUGGUGUGCAAGCAGCUGGGAUUUGCUAGAGCACUGAGGGUGGCGAAACCUGCUGAAAUGGGACGUGUUGCAACAAACCUCCGAAUCCUGCUAGAUGAUGUGGAGUGCGAGGGAACGGAGAGGACACUGCUGCACUGCAAGCACGCUACAUUCGGCCAACACAACUGCUCCCAUGCUGAGGAUGUAGGGGUGGUGUGUAGCUCAGAAGAGGAGCAUGCUGUCAAGUGAUGACCAUUUCCCAGUCCACUCUUGAAUGACUAAAAAUAUUGGUUUGGCUCUUGAUUUGCCCGUUUGUAAAACGGUGAUGAAGUACUUCACCACCAUCAAUCUCAGUCUGAUUUGUAAUACCUACAGAGAAUUACUUUUUAAAUGAAUAUUUACAGAUAUUAAAAGAUAAUGCUGUUGCUAGGUCAAAGGGAGAUGUUGAUCAUCUCAGACUAGGCUAAGACAGGUAAUGUUUUGUGCUUAGUAAGAUUCAAGCAAAUUUACCUCUUUGGAAAAGAAUGCAAGAAGGGAAACACUUCUUAGCCCUAUAUAUACAAGAUCACACACAAACACACAUUAAUAUUUUUUUCAUAUGGACACCAUGGUAUAGAUUUCAAACUUCAAACACAAAGAAAAAUCUUUGAGGGAAAACAUGCAGUUUUUACUCAAAGAUCACUCAAAGCAGAAAAAUCAUAUUAAACUAGAUGUGAACUACAGAUUAAUGGUGCAUCUGCAUUUUAAAAAAAUGGCUCUGAAGUGAUACAUACAUAAACUAUAUGGCCAAAUGUUUGUGGGCACCUAUCCAUCACACCCUGAGCCCUGACCUCAAACACACUUUGGGAUGAACUGGAACACCAAUGGCACCCUAGAUCUCCUGACCUGACAUCAGUUCCUGAUCUCACUUAUGCUCUUGUGGCUGAAUGAUCACAGAGCCUAGACAAGCUCCAAAAACUAUUAGAAGGCAUGUCUAGAAGAGUGAAGGUUAUUAUAACAGCAAAGACGGGACUAAAUCUGGAAUGAGAUGUUCAACAAGCACAUGCAAGCGUGAUUGACAGCUUUUCACAACCUUUAGGCCAUAGGUUAUUGCAAAUUCUCUGUAUAAUGCUGCCAUCUUCUGUUCCUGACUAAACCACCACCAACACACACACACACACACCCCACCACUACCACCAUUCCGAGUUUAUAUGUUUAGCUUUAUUUUUAUUAUUAAUGCUUAAUGGUACUUUUCAUUCAUUUGUACUGUUUUUGGUCAGUAAUCAGAUGGCCGAUGUUUACUGUCUAUUAUAUUUGGAUGUUUGUAAUUCAAACAACUAGAUCUGGUUUUACGUCAAAUGAAAAUUAUAAGACUAAAAUGCUGGACAUUCUUUUUUAUUUUGGAAAAAAAAGGAAUAUAUAUAUAUAAAUAAAGAGAAGACAUUAAUUAUGAAAGUGUUAACUGUGUGAACACUUUGAAUAAAAGACUUGGAAACGCAGAAGUAUUUUCCAGUUCAGUUUCUUUGGCCAAAUAAAUCGUACGAAAACAAACAAACAAGCAAAAAACUUAGGACACAGCCAGUCAUGGUUGACUUUUUUAUAAUGAAUAGAAGAUUAUCUGUGACCACAUUUUGUACAAAGUAUAACAUGAGAAUAAAACCCUUACGUUGUAAUGAAACAUUGCACUGCAGUAAAUUACAUGUACGCCAGGGGGCGCAAGGACGUCCCUAAAGACUCACGUUUCCGGAACAAGCCA